AUGCAGCUCAAGCGCGGUGUGCAGUUCGUCGAGAAAGUGGCAAAGGCCCCGAAUCCCAAAUCAAAACGGAGGAUCCUAUGGGCCGCCAUUCGCGACAACCCGCGCCCGUUUAACCUUAUGUUGGAGCUACCCGAUCUUCUACUGGACGUGUAUUUCGGUGACCAGUAUGAUGAACAAAUGUGCGAGUCGGUAGCCCCCCACCACUACGGCCAGCCUAACGACGAGGAUGUCGACUGGGGGCCAUACCAAACUUGGCGUGAUGAGCAUAUAGGGGAUAGCGUGAUAGACUCGGUUUUUUUACCGAACGAUCGGGCUCGCGAACGCGCAUAUGUGUUGUGGGAUGGUGACCGGGUUAAGGAAAUGGGCGGGAUCAGGGCAUGGGGUAAUGGAUUGGUGUAG